CCGACGGUCACGUUCACCGGCACAUCGGCAUCAGCAUCAACUCCAUCGGGAUCGCCCAUCGAAUCGACAUUGCCCGAGCGCGUGUCUUCACACUUCACUGAUUGACGCUGACCAUGUCGCCCUCCUCGGACUGGACGCUCACGCCGGAGCAGCGCGCGCUCCUCAUCAAAUCGGCCUUCGAGGCCAAAACCGGCUCAUACAGCCCCUACUCCAAAUUCCCGGUCGGCGCGGCGCUCCUGACGCCAGAUGGGCGCAUCGUGAAGGGGGCGAAUAUUGAGAACGCGUCGUAUGGCGGCACUAUUUGCGCCGAGCGGACGGCGAUCGUGAAGGCGGCGAGCGAGGGCAUCCGCUCUUUCAUUGGCGUCGCGGUCGUAACCGACCUCACCACCCCCGCCUCGCCCUGCGGCAUCUGCCGCCAGGUCCUCCGCGAGUUCUGCGCGCUCGAGACGCCCGUGCUGCUCGUGCCCGCCGACUACCCGCAGAAGGGUGACGCGGAGAAGAAGCCGGGGUACGGGGAAGGAGGCGUCCGGGAGACGACGCUCGGCGAGCUGCUCCCCGACAGCUUUGGGCCGGAGCAUCUGGGGAAGCCGUUGCCGAGGCCGGGGAAGGAGUGAAGGUUUUUGUUGCUGGACGGGGUGAGCGUGGCCGGGUUGGGCGAAAGCCGGGAAGUUUAGAGAACUGGGUUGACGAUGCUGGUCUCAGGGAGGAUGGAUAGGCGUUUUUCUGAUAUAUGAUUGGAUUGACGUUAUCAGAAGUGCCGUGUAGGGUGGAUCGCUGUCGAUGAUGACAUUGCUACUUAGACUCGAUGGCAGAGGACGGGUGGUCGCUGCGAGCGUGUUGCAUUGCGCGUCCAUCUUCGCGUCGUAGAUUGGAGUCGAGGAUCGGCGACGGCACUGGCAAGAGUGGCAUCACCCGC